AGUAUCUCACCAGUAUCACCAAAAAAAAUCGUCCAUGGACGCUAAUGGAGGACCUGUACAGAUCCGGUCCAAAAACUACGUCAAGCUUGGUUAUCACUAUCUGCUCACUCACUUUUUGAAGCUUUUAUUGAUCCCUUUCAUGGCGGUUUUGUUCAUGAAUGUCUCCUUAUUAAGCCUAAACCAGCUCCAUCUCCAUUACAAUUCCACCGGAUUCGUCUUCCUCAUCACCUUCGCUAUAUUAGGGUCCAUUGUCUUCUUCAUUUCUCGACCUAGAUCCAUUUACCUCCUUGAUUACUCCUGCUACCUCCCGCCCUCGAAUCAAAAAGUUAGCUACCAGACAUUCAUGAAUAACUCUAGCUUGAUUCAAGAUUUCAGCGAGACUUCUCUUGAGUUCCAGAGGAAGAUCUUGAUUCGGUCCGGUCUCGGUGAAGAGACUUAUUUACCGGAGUCUAUUCAUUGCAUUCCUCCGCGUCCUACCAUGGCGGCGGCGCGUGAAGAAGCAGAGCAGGUAAUCUUCGGUGCACUCGACAGUCUCUUCGAGAAUACCAAAAUCAAUCCUAGGGAGAUUGGUGUUCUUGUUGUGAAUUGUAGUUUGUUUAACCCUACGCCUUCUUUAUCCGCCAUGAUUGUUAACAAGUAUAAGCUUAGAGGAAACAUCAAGAGCUUUAACCUUGGAGGUAUGGGAUGUAGUGCUGGUGUUAUCGCGGUUGAUCUCGCUAGUGACAUGUUACAAAUCCAUAGAAACACUUUUGCUCUUGUGGUUAGUACUGAGAACAUCACUCAGAAUUGGUAUUUUGGUAACAACAAAGCAAUGUUGAUCCCUAAUUGCUUGUUUAGAGUUGGUGGAUCCGCGGUUCUGCUUUCGAACAAGCCUUUGGAUCGAAAACGAUCCAAGUAUAAGCUUGUUCAUACGGUGAGGACUCAUAAAGGAUCUGAUGAGAAAGCAUUUAAUUGUGUGUACCAAGAACAAGACGAGUGUUUGAAAACCGGAGUUUCUUUGUCUAAAGAUCUUAUGGCUAUAGCCGGAGAAGCUUUAAAGACGAAUAUCACUACUUUGGGUCCUCUGGUUCUUCCUAUAAGCGAGCAGAUUCUGUUCUUUUCGGCUUUUGUUGCUAAGAGAUUUUUCAAUGCCAAGGAGAAGAAGCCUUACAUACCGGAUUUCAAGCUUGCAUUUGAUCAUUUCUGUAUUCACGCGGGAGGUAGAGCCGUGAUCGAUGAGCUAGAGAAGAGUUUAAAGCUUUCGCCAAAACAUGUCGAGGCGUCUAGAAUGACAUUGCAUAGAUUUGGAAACACUUCCUCUAGCUCUAUAUGGUAUGAAUUGGCUUACACGGAAGCUAAAGGAAGAAUGAGGAAAGGGAACAGAGUUUGGCAGAUUGCUUUUGGAAGCGGGUUUAAGUGUAACAGCGCGGUUUGGGUGGCUCUUCGCGAUAUCAAGCCCACUGUUAACAAUCCUUGGGAACAUUGCAUCCAUAGAUAUCCGGUUAAGAUCGAUCUUUGAACUCAUCAGAACGGGUAGAUUUGGUCUGUAAGCAUGGUUAAUCCUCCAUUUAGCAGAAGACUUUCUCUUAUAUUUUUACUAAUGGGUAAAGAAAUCAGUUGAAGCUUU